UUUACCGCACACAACCUGCUAGUUGUAGGUGUUGUGGUCCUGUGACUUAAAGGAAAGCUUUCAUUCAUUUACUUUGAACGCUCAAGAACCAACGAUGUUACAGCUGAGGUCUUUCGUUCACCAGCGGCUGUCCUCAGCAGCAGAGGAGAUACUCGGAGAGGUGGAGAAAGUGAUAGCGUUAGCUUUGUACGAAGCUGACGGUCAACGGCUGAAGCUCGAGCCCGAUGUCCAGCAACCAGAGCCGAGCAGUCCACAGCAGAUAUCAGAACCUCCACUGACAACCAGCACUCUGAAUGAAGAGGAGGAGCCACAGGGGGCCUCACCACAGCCACUGACACAAGAAGAGCUAAACUUAAGUGAGGAGGAGGUCCCGGGCCCCUCUCAAACCACUGAAGAAAGACGCUUUGUCCAGAUUGACUUUGGGAUUAGAAUUAAGCAGGAAGAAAGUGCACAUGACAUCCAAACAGAGGAAAUUGUUUAUCCUACUGUUGAAGCAGUAAACAAAGAACAAGAUCUGAUUGUUGAUGAAGUCUAUGCGGAGAUGCAGCCGGUCUCCUCAGACAACUCUGAAGCUGAGAGCAACAAUGAAGGCAGUGAUGAGGAGUGGUCCCAGAAUAGGGGAGCACAGAAUAAUUUAAAGAGACCAAAGCCUGAUGGAAGCUCUUCUCGCAGAGGUCGAAAGGAGCUUCGUGUUUGCCCUGUGUGUGGAAAGGGUUUCAAGUACAUUCCUCCCUUCAUGGAGCACUUGAAAAAACACGAGCUCAAUGAGUCAAUAUCGGAGCUUCUAAAUAAUCUGAAGCGUUGUCACAACAAAACGUAUUGUGAUAUUUGUGGCAAGACCCUUUCAUCAACUUCUGCUCUAAGCCUGCAUUCAAAGAUACAUGCAGGGAUUAAAGACUUUAAAUGCCAACACUGUGAGAAAACCUUUGUUUGUAAAGGAAAUCUGAAGACGCACUUAAAGACACAUUUUAAAAAAGGAUCAUUUCAUUCCAACAACACAACUGUUUGCGGCAUUUGUGGCAAGAAGUUUUCAACUCCUGCUACUCUGAAGUUGCAUUCUAAGAUACAUGCAGAGAUUAAAGACUUUAAAUGCCAAUACUGUGGGAAAUCAUUUUGCCAAAAAGGUAAUCUCAAGUUGCACUUAAAGACCCAUUCAGAAGAGCGAGCGGGUCAUCCUAAUGAGGAAACUGUUUGUGAUAUUUGUGACAAGGAUUUUGCCACUCCCUUUUCUCUGAAGUUGCAUUCUAAGAUACAUACAGGAAUAAAAGACUUCAGAUGCCACCACUGUGGGAAAUUAUUUUGCCGAAAAGGGAACCUUAAGUUGCACCUAAAGACCCAUUUAGAGGAGACAUCAGAUCGUACGAACAAAGCACCUACCUGCGAGAUUUGUGGCAAAGAGCUUGCAUCAACCACUUCUUUAAAAAUGCAUUUAAAAAUACAUGCAGGGAUAAGAGACUUUACGUGCCAAGUUUGUGGGAAAUCGUUCUACCAAAAAGGAAAUCUGAAGUCACACUUGAAGACCCAUUCAAGAGGCAGGUGGUAUCGUUCUCAACAAAACUGAUUGUAAUAUUUGUGGCAAGAUGUUUGCAACCCUCUGUUCUUUAAAGCUGCAUUCAAAGAAGCAUGCAUCGAUUUAGAGACCUUAUAUGUCAACUCUGUGGAUGAUGAUGUUUCCCUAAGGGGAAUCUGAUGUCCCACUAAAAGACCCAUUCAGGGGAGAGACUGUUUUUGUGUGAAAUAUGUGGAAACACCCACAGCCGGAAACAAAACAUUUUAGUUUAGUAAAGUUUAGUUUAGUAAAGUCAAAAAAUAUCCUUUUGGAGAAACUUUCCUCCUGAGAUAUUUGAAGUGAAAAAAAAAAAGUCCCUAUCAGAGAAAGUUCUCAUUUCAUAAUUUUGUCAACACAGUCGAUUACAUUUGGGAACCUUUUCGUCGAGGAAAAAUCUCAUAUUGUUACAUAUCGAUCUUGUAAGGUACUAGAUCAAAAUCAUAUCAAUAGCUUGCAUUUGAUCGUGUAAUUUUCAUCGA